UAGAUUAUGAAUAAUAUUGUUUAAGAGUGGCGUAAAGAAAUAUUAGUUGUAGAGCGAAAUACGACUUUAUGAAUGUGUGUUGUGGUUAUUUUUCGAGUGUUUUUCCAAAAUGUCCGGGAUAAUUUUGAUGUUUUACGUUCUUUUCGGCGUGUGCUAUGCAAAUCCAGAUGCUAAGAGACUGUACGAUGAUCUACUGAGCAAUUACAAUAGACUGAUAAGACCUGUUGAUAAAAUCAAUAAUACGGUUUUAGUGAAACUUGGACUUCGACUGUCGCAGUUAAUUGACUUGAACUUAAAGGAUCAAAUUUUGACCACCAACGUCUGGCUGGAGCAUGAGUGGGAGGACCACAAGUUUAAAUGGGACCCUCUGGAGUACGGAGGAGUGAAGGAGCUGUACGUGCCCUCUGAGCACAUCUGGCUGCCGGACAUCGUGCUUUAUAACAAUGCUGACGGAGAAUAUGUAGUGACGACCAUGACUAAGGCAGUUCUCCACCACAACGGCAAGGUGUUAUGGACUCCUCCAGCAAUCUUCAAGUCUUCGUGUGAGAUCGACGUCCGCUACUUCCCCUUUGAUCAACAGACCUGCUUCUUGAAGUUCGGAUCUUGGAGUUAUGAUGGUGAUCAGAUCGAUCUGAAACACAUAAACCAGAAGAAAGGCGACAUGGUCGAAGUCGGAAUAGACCUGCGGGAGUACUAUCCCUCUGUCGAAUGGGAUAUAUUAGGAGUGCCUGCUGAGAGACAUGAACGGUAUUACCCCUGCUGCCAGGAGCCUUAUCCAGAUAUCUUCUUCAACAUCACACUUCGACGUAAAACACUAUUUUACACUGUCAAUUUGAUUGUCCCAUGCGUUGGCAUCUCAUACUUGUCGGUCCUGGUGUUCUACUUACCAGCGGAUUCUGGAGAGAAGAUUGCUCUAAGCAUCUCAAUAUUACUGUCACAAACCAUGUUUUUUUUGCUCAUCUCCGAAAUUAUACCAUCCACGUCCCUCGCUCUACCGUUAUUGGGAAAGUAUUUAUUAUUCACUAUGUUAUUAGUAGGCCUAUCUGUCGUUAUAACUAUAAUAAUACUAAACGUACAUUAUCGAAAACCGAGCACGCACAAAAUGGCGCCGUGGGUGAGGACAUUUUUUAUCACGAAACUACCGAAAUUGCUUUUGAUGAGGGUGCCGAAAGAUUUGUUAAGGGAUCUGGCAGCGCAGAAGAUUGCUGGCAGGAGCAUGAAGAAGAAUAAAUUUAAGGACGCUUUAGCGGCUGCUGAGCAAACUAAUUCUAACGCGUCAAGUCCUGAUUCUUUGAGACAUCAUCUGCCUGGCGGGUGUAAUGGACUGCAUUCAACUACGGCUACGAAUCGAUUUAGCGGCUUAGUAGGAGCUCUGGGCAGCCUCGGCGCAGGAUACAACGGUCUACCUUCAGUCAUGUCGGGUCUGGACGACUCUCUAAGUGACGUGGCUCCUCGGAAGAAAUAUCCCUUUGAACUAGAAAAAGCCAUACAUAACGUUAUGUUUAUACAACAUCACAUGCAGAGGCAGGACGAAUUUAAUGCGGAAGAUCAAGACUGGGGUUUCGUCGCGAUGGUGCUGGACCGCUUAUUCCUCUGGAUUUUUACCAUCGCUUCCAUCGUUGGAACAUUCGCGAUCCUCUGCGAGGCUCCUUCUCUCUACGACGACACGAAGCCGAUAGACAUGAUGCUGUCUUCUGUGGCUCAGCAGCAGUACCUACCGGUGGACAGCGGUGACUCUUAAUUGCUCAAUAAUUGGUUUAGAUUUGGUGUCGUUCGGGCUAUUCAUAAACUACAUCACACGUUGAGGGUGAGAAGGGUUUCAACAGUGUAACAUUAUAUGACAAGAUAGGAGGGAUUAUAAAUUUCGUGACGUCACAUGUCAAUAAAGACACAAAAAAUUCACUGUAAGCGAAAAACUUAAAAAUAUUCUAUUUCUGGCUAUAUAAGGUUUAUUUUCUUAUGUUUUGCUUGCUGUACGAUAGGAUCGCUUGUCGACCGUAUUUGAGCCAAAUUCCGCCCGCGGCAAUCUGAUGUUGGUACUCUAUAAAAUCUUUGAUUUUGAACUGCUGUUUUGAUUUAUUCAGUUCUGAGUGUAAAAUUACAAAACGUGAAGUCACACCAAAGGAUGGAUCCCACAAAUAUGAACCUGUAACAAGGACAGAGUCAAAUCGCAUGAAAUUCUAGUGACGUAAUUUAUGGAUAGCCCUUUACGAAUUUAGAGGUGGGAAUAAAUAGGAUUUUAAAUGGGACUUAUCAGUAACAGUCAUUGACAGUAAGUUGUGGCUGUGAUGUAAUGAUUUGUGGCGAAUAAUUGGUAUGGAAGACUGUACGAUAAUGGAAAUGGUCAUCUUUACGCUAUGGGUGAUGAACCAGAAAUAAGUGAAGAUUAUUAAGUCGAAGGGAUUUGUCAUUUAUUUCCUUUAGUAUAAAUUAAUAAUUCAAGACUCUUUAAUUCUAUAUCGAUGUAUAUAAUGUGAUCGAGUUAAUGAAAACUGCUCCAUCGACUUGGACGAUAUUUUGUAUUUAGCUCAAAUUCUGAGUUUAUCUAGUUAGGUGUCAACUUGUAGCCAAGGUAAAUAUUGUAAUUUCCUUUAUAUUUAAAUAUAGAUAUUAUUAUAAUGCAGUAAAAAUAAAAUAUAUUCAAAGAUUACAAUUUUCAGUAACUGAACGACUUGAUACCAUUAUAGUGGGUAGUACAAGUACAAAAAAAAAGAAGAAAUCAAUGACAGUGCUGCCAAUCUAUUAAAUCUUAAUUAUUGUGAUUGUUUAUUCUUUUAAAAAAAUACCAACAAGUAUAAAUGGAGAUAUUUUUUUAUAAAAUGACCACAGUGCACCUGAUGGUAAGUAGUGUGGGAUCCAGUAGAAUGUGGACUAACGAGAAAUGAUACCCAACAGCAGUCGACACAAUUAUGCCGGUCUACUGGAACCUGAUAAACAGAUUGAUCCCGGAACACGGCACACAUACGUGCGGCAUUACGGCGGGGUUCCACUACUUGUGUACGGUGGUCGCUUUCCUGGCGGAUAUAAAAUGUAUCCUAUAUCCUACCACCAGCAAACAAAUGUAUUAUUACUAUUACGUACGUAUGAGUUUGUGCAUGAAUUUGUCAAUAACAUCAUAAACUUUAAACAAGCAUGAGAAUACAGCCCUUAGCACUCGUGAUGACGUCUCCCAAGCAUAGUGAAGAAUAAUUAAUCCAAAGGUUUCUAACAAAUAUAUUUCUGUAU